AUGGCCUGGUCAAAGUCCUUCGUUCUUCUGAUCGCCUCUUACAGCGUUGCUGGUGUUCAAGCAGGCCCUUGCAAGCCUCGCUCGCCCAGUUCCACUAUCCCUACCUAUCCGGUACCCCAGUCACUCUCUACCAAGACCACCACAGUCACUUCUUCAGCUACGAUAGUUACUUCUGUGCCUUGCUACGGCCCAUACUGCAGUAUUCCAUGCUACGGUCCGUAUUGCAGCUCUGGCAGUACAUCCACUCUCGUUUCCGCAAACACCCAAACUACAUCUAUACCAUGUUAUGGCCUAGACUGUAGCUCUACCACUCUUUCAAAAACCACCGGUCUAUCUACCGGAACAGAAAAGUCCUCAAUCACUACUCGUGAAGCCUCUUCAGGCACCACAACCAUACCAAAUGGCUCUUCCACAAUAUCUUCUUUGUCCACUUCUGGCAUGACCAACACCGAGACAACAAAGGGAAGCUCUACCACAACUGAGCGCAGCACCGACACUGCUUCAACACAAACUGGUGCUUCCAGCACAACCCAACAGACCUCUACAGUUACCACGUCUGCUACACGAUCUGGUACCACAGAGACUAACACACUCUCUACAAACACUGGAAGUACUCUUACUGCAAAUACUGAGACCACAACUAGAACUGGAUCAGUUUCUACCAAAACGCUCUCUACGAAUACGAUCUCUACAAACACGAUCUCUACCAAUACUGGAAAGACUGAUACCACCAGUGCAACUGCAUCAGCCUCCACAAACACCCUUUCCACAAACACAGUCUCUACCGGUACUCUAUCCACAAAGACCGAUACCACAACCGGAUCGGCUUAUACCAAUACAUUCUCCACAAACACAGUCUCUACGGGCACUGAAAGCACUCUCACUACAAAAACCGACACCACAACUGGAUCAGUUUCUACCAAUACUGUCUCUACAGGCACUCUAUCUACAAACACUGGGAGCACCCUCACUGCAAAGACUGAUACCACAACUGGAUCAGCCUCCACCAACACUCAAAGCAGCUCGGCAACAACGAGCAUUACUGUCUCAAGCGACACUACGGCUUCUUCAAGUACCACCACAGGAUAUGACACCUUCACCUCUACAAACACUCAGACCAAAACAUCAGAGACGACCACUGGCAGUGGUACUUCUCAGACAUCAGGAUCGAACACUUCCGGUUCUACCACAGUUACCUCAGCUACAAGUGAGGGUUCUUCCACUACUCAGAAGAGCACUACUGGAAGCGAGACUUCCACAAUGACACAGUCUUCACAGACUACUUCUAUACCCUACGGCCCUAGUACUUCGACAAACUCUGGUAGUUCUUCGGUAGCUACGACCCAGACUACAACUGGAUCCGGGUCUUCUACUACAGGUGCUUCAUCAUCUACAACCGGAUCCUCGACUCAGACUGGAGGCUCUACUACAACCGGAUCUGUGACUUCUGUGACUGGUGUAUCAUCAACCACUGGCAGUUCCUCAGUUGUUACAAGUCAGACAACUGGAUCUUCUACCACCGGCGCUUCGUCGUCUACCGGUGGCUCCUCGUCUACUGGAGGCUCUUCGACCCAGACUGGAAGCUCUACUACAACUGGAACUGCGACUGCCAUGACUGGUACUUCCACCACGUCUGGCAGUUCUUCAGUUGCUACUACACAGACCAUUUCCUCGACCGGAUCUGUAUCUUCAACCACUGGUGUUUCAACAACUACCGGUGGCUCUACUACACAGCCCACUGGAACUUCCUCCACCGGAGGAAGCACAUCUACAUCAGUGCCUUAUUCAGUACCUAGCGGAACAUCCAGCGCUUCAACUUCCCAGUCAUCAAACACUUCUCAAAGCUCAGGUGUUUCCUCCACAACAAACUCGGUACCUUCAACUACCGCUACGCAGUCCUCUACCACCAAAGUUACAUCAACCACAGCCUCGGGAUCAUCCACAAUCACCUCCGUCCCAUAUUCCGUCCCAACAACCAUGUCAACAAAGACCACAUGCGGAACAUCAUCAGCAACAUCAGGCUACCCACCACCAAAGCCAACUUGCUUCCGCUACACUCUAGUUGAGAACCCUCCCUCUCCAAGAAAGUGUGGCAAUACAGGUCUUAGCGGCGGCAGAAAACCCAACUUUCUCGGCAAAGGUGAUGCAGACAGCCUCGAGACAUGUGGACAGAGCUGUGGUGAGAAGAGGGGAUGCAAGGCUGUUGUCUACGGUUACAAGGAGUCUGAUUACAACAAGCCUUAUUGUCAGUUGCUUGAUGGACCUCAGGUUCGUGAAGCUGGAGAUGAUACUGCGUGGAGAUGGUAUGACAUGUCUUGUUUCAACCCGGAUUGUGUCGCUCCACCUGGAUAUGAAUGCGGUUAUUAA